AUGUAUAGACAGCCAUUUGCAAUCACGUAUCUGGGGGUAUCUCUUAUGGUGGUCUAUCUACCUAUAGCACUCGUAAAGGACUGGUUCUGUAGUUUGUUCCGUCCUGGUCUGUCUAAGAGCCUUUACAGUGGCAACCCCGUCAUUGGCUCAUCUUUUGGACUCGACAUGCCACAUAUCACUGACCUGGAAAGGGACCUAAGAGGUUGCCUAUUAACCGACAAGGAUCUCGGUGAAAGGGGAGAGGGGUGGCCUUUGAACUUGAAGGAUGAAGAAGAUGAACUUGGCUUGCUUCAUCAGAAUUCUGAACUUAGUUCAUGGGAAAUUUCCAAAUGUUGUUUAUAUCUUGCUCCGUUAUGGUUUAUUACAGAGUAUUUAUCUAAUUCAGCACUUGCAAAUACGAGUGUUGCAAGUACAACCGUCUUGACUUCUACUUCGGGGCUCUUCACCCUUUGCUUUGGAGCUCUUCUUGGCCAAGAGACUAUAAAUUUUGCUAAGGUGGUGGCAGUUUUCAUCACCAUGGCUGGUGUUGCUAUGACCACAGUAGGAAAAACUUGGGCAUCAGAUGAGACAUUGAGCUUUUCUGAGGCUAUAGCAAAGUGCAGAUGCACUCUAGAGAGGAAUCUGUCUGAACUGUUUGGAGUAAUGGCCGUGUCCUUACUGCUCAAGAAAUGCGCUGGAUCGGACGGGGACAAGGUUGAUGUGCAAAAGUGCUUUGGAUACAUCGGUCUCUUCGCUCUUCUUGGCCUUUGGUGGCUAUCGUGGCCACUAAAUGCUGCAGGGAUUGAACCAGCAUUCGGCUUUCCACGUUCAUGGUCUGUUAGCGAAGUUGUGUUGUUAAAUGGCUUUGUGGGAAGUGUUCUGUCUGACUACUUCUGGGCUCUCUCGGUGGUUUGGACGACACCAUUGGUUGCAACGCUAGGCAUGUCCUUGUCGAUACCCCUUGCAAUGCUAGCUGACAUGGUUAUACACGGCCGUCGCUACUCUGCAAUCUACAUAUUUGGAGGCAUUCAGGACAGGAAAAAGUUCUACUUUGAUUUUGAAACCUUGAUUGGAUCCUCACCUCAGUCAGUUUCAAACUCGAAAACACCAUCGAGGUGA